AUGGUCCGGCUUGGGAAGGGGCGUAGAGCGGUGGGAAAUUUUACUCCAUUGGUUGGAGGCCCACAAUACGUUCAUUGCCUUCUGCUUCCAUUGGAGAAUUUGGCUAACAUUGAGGAGACGGUCGUUAGGGAUAAAGCUGUGGAAAGCUUAAGGAAUAUUGCUGACAAACAUUCUCUAGCCGCGUUGGAAGAUUAUUUUAUUCAUAUGAUCUUGAUUUUGGCUCAAGGGGAUUGGUUUACUUCAAGAACUGGGGCUUGUGUUCUUUUCAGCGUUGCUUAUAGUCCUCAAAUGAAAUUGGAGCUCAGAGGGUAAGUUGAUUGUUUUAUUUUGCAAGGCUUUUGAUUUUUACGAGUAACUUGGAAAGUUUAAACUUUUUAGAUUAGCUGUAGUUGUGUUUUCAAUUAUAUGAUUUUAGAGUGUACCGUCAAUUGUGUCGUGAUGAUACGCCUAUUCGCCGUGCCGCGUCUAAAUUGGGUGAAUUUGCCUAG